GCCGACCCUGUUAUUUUCCCCUCAGUACACUAAUGCUAAUAAUGCCAUUUCAGCGGCAGAAAAAGCUAUUGCACAGACUUGCUGUGGUCGCCAAGGACCGGCUGGCUGUUUACAUUGCGCUGGCCAAGGAAUGGCUGGGUACCGAGCGCACACACAACGUGAUCAAGGCACUGGUGUCGUGCCUGAUCGCCACAUUGCUGAUCACAAUCGCGCCCGUGCGGCAGGCGCUGGGGCCGUACGGCUUCAAUGUACUGGUGGUAGCCGGGUGGACGCACGGCGGCACGACCAUUGGGGCGCACAUAGAACUGCAGGCGCAGCAGCUGCUGGUCAGCGCCAGCGUCUGGGCAUACAUGGCAUUGGCGCAGCUGCUGGUGUUUGGCGUGGCCAGCAUCCCGGCAGGCAGCCUGGAGACGCGAGUCUACGGCACCCGUGCAGUAUUGCUGGCAGUGUUUUGCUUCCUGAUCGCCCUGGUAAAUGCAUAUGUCCCGCGCCUCAGCGUACCGGUCAAGCUCAAUGUGAUCGCGCCGCUCUCGGCACUGACCAUUUUCCCGGCGCAAGAUACACUACAUUUCCCAACCAUGCCGUCGAUAAUAUACGCGCAGCUUCUGGGCGUGGGGAUUUCGCUUGUGGUUAAUCUCUUGGUCUUGCCGAGCACGUCCAGCUGCCAGCUGGCGCAGUGCCUAGAGGAUCUGGCUGGAGAGAUGGCCGAGUGCUGUGGAUUGGCCGGGCGUCAUAUUGAUGGGCUGGCGUUUGCGCUUACCGGACAGGCGGUGGAGCGUGCCAGGGAGCGUCGGCGGGCGGUGCGUGCGGCAGCGACGCGGCUGGCCGAGGCUACGGGCAGUGUCCGGUAUGAGGUGCUGAUUGGCGUGUUUUCGCAGGCCGACUACCAGGCAAUCUUCAUUGAAGCCAAUAAGGCUGCUGCGUCAUUUGGAGCGCUCUGCCUGCCGUUCGAGAUUGACCAGACUGUGGUCCGCGAGCUGUGCAAGACCGGAGCUGGCUCAUUUGAUUUUGGCUCCCAGAACCGGGACCCGUCCGAACGCAUUGUGCAGGCUAUCCGCGAGCUCCUGGGAGAACACCAGGCGACAGUUGCGAAAAUGGCCAGGGCAAUGGCGGAUAUACACGGGCGGUCGGCUGCGCAGGAGAUUUGCCGCAUUAUUUGCCGGUGGGUUGGGGCGUCAAGACCCGCGGGCUUGGACUUGCUGGACUUGCUGGAAGUGGCCCGUCACCUGGACGAUCGGGCCGCGCAUUUCGAGCGCCUGGUCACUGCCACCAUCGCGCAGAUUCCCGAGCACCAGAUCCUGCAGGACGACCUGUGGUACAUGCACCACACGAUCCUUCUGUCGCUUGCUGGCGUGUUGCGCGAAAAUUCCCAGCGCACCAGCUGUCUGCUGCGCACUAUCGGUGGAAUUCAGAGCAGGCGCCAGGGCAUCGGCCGCGUGUGGGUGCCGAGACUCAGCUGGGAAUGGCUGGUGCGUGGCACAGAGAACCUGGCCAGCCACAUCCAGGAUAUCGAUCACCUGCAAACGGCGUUCGAGAAAUCCGCCAGCAUCGACCAUGCAGAGCCCGUGACGGGACACAGCCAGCAGCCGGGUGGAGUGUGGGCCCGGACCAUGCAGUGCCUGGGCAAUGUGGAUGCCUGGCUGCACAAGCGCAAGGUGCAGUAUGCGCUAAAGUUCACUGUCGCUGCAAUGGUAUGCGCCAUUUGGGCGUUCCUCUCAUUCAGCCACGCCUGGUACGUGCGGAACAACUGCCACUGGGCCGUCAUCUGCAUUGCCUUUGUCUUCAACAUCUCCAUAGGUGCUACCACCAGCGCCUGCCUCAAGCGCCUGCUCGCCACAUGUCUGGCUGGCGCCUGGGCCAUCGCCGCCUGGGAAAUCAGCCUCAAGGGCGCCAGCCCACCCUUGGCUGUGCUGUCUACCAUGGUGCUCUGCUGUGCCUGCAUUGGUGCCCAGUUCUACGCUGGCCGGUCUGGCCUGGCGCCCAUAGCUCCGGUGAUGCUAAUCGCCUACGCGGCAGUCUUUUGUGCCGCCUACUAUGAGAAAAACGACGGCCAGCCGGGCAUCAGCGGUGAGCGGCUCGGGUGGCAUCGCAUCGUCGUCAAUACCAUCGGCAUUGCCUUUGCCAUGCUUGUCUCAGCCGUUUUGAUGCCGUGCCGCGCACGCGUGGUGCUGCUGGAGCGCCUGGCCGAGCUGCUGCACCUCAGCAGCCGCAUCGCCCAGACCACCACAUUUAUGCAUGCUGCUGGCGCCGACCACCCGGCUGCCUACCGGUGUGCCCACUCUCGCCUGGUGCAUUUCCUGCAGAGAUCGCGCGUGCUGAUUGCGCGCAGCAGGGCACUUCACGUGACUGCCCAGUCCGAGCCCAACUUGGCCCCUGCCCGUGGCAUCGCCGCCUGCCGCCAGCUCAUCGAUCUGCUCGAGACGCAGCUCGAGUGGCAGAUGUACGCGCUCUCAGCCCACGAGCGCAUCGGCCGGGAGGCCGUGACCUGUGCGGUACGCGGCUCACUGGGUGUCCGCCAAGAUAUCCUGGGCGCCUUCGCCUGCUUCAACUACAUUGUCGCGGCUGCCCUUGCCAGCAAUCGGCCGCUGCCCGAGUUCCUGCCGGACAUCCGCACCGCCCGCCUGCAGAGCCUCGAGAUUGUGCGCCAGGCACUGAGGGCUGAGCCUGGGUUUGGUGCUACUGCGCUGUGCCGCCUCAGCGUCGGCGUGUGGCAUUUGGCUGCGGGCCAGUCGGGCAUUCUGCGCCUGGCGCGCGAUGUCGUUGGCUCUGAAGCUGACUUGCUGCCAGAUGUUGUCGACCGUAUGGCACUAGUGAUGGAGUCUGGCGGCGACCCCGACGCUACUCCCGUCAACUCCCCGCUGCUUGCCACAUUCAACCACCCUGCACCACACCCAAUGCAAUGGUUUGCCCACCAGCAUGCCCGCCACAACCUCAAACUCUAGGGCCUGAUCAGACAAGCCAUUAGCAUAUUUG